GCCCCACCCCACUAACAUGGCGGCUUAGAAGGGCUUGUCUGAAAGAGAACGCAAUGUAGUCUCUGUACAAGUAAGGCUGCGUUUCCCUCAAGGACCAUACUGCUGGGACCAGCCAGGCUUGAGGCUCUUCGGGCCAAGUGAGCUACAACCUUGGUGGUCACACCAAGACACGCCCACUGACCCAUCAGUCUACCAUCCCUCAUCCCCACAGGCUAACAUAAGCCCCAGACGUCAAAAGUAAAGGACAAAAACCCCAAUAGCUCAACCUCAAAGACGACCGUUUGGGGCAAAAAAAAAUUAAACAAGAACAAUGGGAGUGAAAAGGAAACGUAAAAAUGUCACCAGCAACGAGUCGGGACAGAGGAUAUAUCGAGUUCGCACUGACCACUGCAGGCAGACUCCGUCGCGACAGGACGCCUCUAAACAGGAUUUUGAAAAGGCCUACAAAAUCCAGGUGCUUGUACCACGGGGCCACAUGUCCAUGUUUCAGAAGAAGGCAAGCAAGGAGCCAGAUGUUGCAACCUAUGUCGUCCAGCGGUGUCAGGAGAGCAAUAGCAAAAGCAACAGCAACUCGUCCUCAAAAAGUCGUAAUUUCAUGAAUUAUACUAUCUGCCCAAGGUGUUUGUGCAAGCAUGCAUCAUUUCAGACGGGAGAUCCUUCUGAUUGCAACAGUUUGCAGCAGCAGUCAAAGCUGGCUCCAUACAGCAUGGCGUUUCCUUAUUCACCACCCACACAAGUUCAGAAUGCUGCCUGGAGUAACUUGGGGGCACCGGCAGAGCAGUGUCCCGCAAUAACAUGGGCGUCUUCGCAAAAUCCACCAGAGGGUACACUUGUACCCAGGAGCAGCACUGGUGCUUUUCAAAAUCAGUCAAUCGUGCCUUUUGGAGUGGCCUAUACUGACCAGAUAUCCCCAGCCCCAGGUCCUCAGUUUCCUCAGCCUCCGGGUCUGAGUAUAACGGGAAGCCAACAGUGGCCACACAGUACGGUGCAGGUACCAAUAAAUGAGCAGCCAGCUGGAUCUUACGGUUACUAUAGCUCCCAGCCUCAAGAUAGCUUCCAGAAAGCCAGUACUGUUAGAUUCUCUAACAUUGUGGACACCACAGAGUACCCGAAUGAACUAGCCACCUCUGAGAACCAUCAACAGUAUGGAAGAAGUGGUUCAUCCUGGGAUUAUGAAGACACUGGAAAUUUCAGAGGGCCUUCAUCAGCAUACGAUAGUCAGAGUAUUGGUGAGCAACCAGAGGCCCCUAAAUAUUCUGCGGGUCAAGGAAACACGAGAAACCAAUCUUACAAACAAAGUUCUGUUAUCUUUAGAAAAUCUAGAUCUACCACCACAAGAAACUGUCCUGCAAAAUGUCCUCGCGAUUCUAGAGUCACGCAGACUUCUUCGAGUUGCCAGACACACGACAUACGUGAGGGAAAGAUCUGUUCUGCUGAGAAAUGUCCCCAAAGCCGAGAGCCCUCUUUGAUUGAGAAACGUGGACGCUGCAAAACCCUUUGUGGCAAGGAAAGUAGUCGGUCUGCUCAAACUUCAGACAUGGAGUUUUCUGUCGUACCCCAAACCAAGUGUCGUUCGGAUUGCACAAUGGCGUCACCAGAACAUUGUCAGAACAGUGCAGAUUUUUUCCAGGAAGAAAACCACUUUCUCUGCUUCAUAGGCAUGUGUAUUUGGUGGACAGGUUUCGUAGCCGCCUAUUUUGCAGUGUUUGGUUCACUUUUCUGGUUCGUCCAUUUGAACCAUAUGGCUCGGGCCUCAGUUGCCUUCUGUGAUGUAUUCCUAGUUUUCUAUAUUAUACUUGGCCAGCAUGAAUUACUCAUCUCAUACAUAUUAAAAUGAUUACCCCCCUUCCAAAAAAACAAAAAACAAAAAGGGAUAUUUUAAAACCUGACAGAGCUGUUGGGGAUUCUUCUUGCUGCAUGUGUGUGUUUCUUUUUAAGUAUGGCUUCAAGGAGCUUUAUUUCUAGCUUCACACCUGUACAUAAGUUUACAA